CGCCGGCGCCCCCUCGCGGCGCGCCCCCGAGGCCCUGCUCUGAAAGCAGUGGUUGGCGUGCAGACGUGAAACAACUAGAGAAAUUUCUCACAUGACCUUUGGGACGAAUCAUUUGCCUUUUCCUAAGCAGCCAUCUUUCUCCAGGGCAAGCCGAAAGCAGGAAGGGCACACCCUACCUGUCUCGGAUAAUGCCAGACGCCUUGAAAUCAACAAGAGUCCAAUUGGAACCGACGCUUUCACCGGAACGGCUUUUCCCCACGACCGGAAGGGGCUGCGCCGCAGCAAAUGGGACCAACCAGCGCCAGCCCCCCUUCUCUUCCUCCCGCCGACGGCCCCAGGUGGGGAGGUUACCAGCAGUGGGGGAAGCCCUGGGGGCUCCACAGCUGCUCCCUCUGGAGCCUUGGAUGCUGCUGCUGCUGUGGCUGCCAAGAUCAAUGCCAUGCUCAUGGCCAAAGGGAAGCUGAAACCAACGCAGAAUGCCGCCGAGAAGCUUCAGGCUGCUGGCAAAGGCCUAACUAGCAAUAAAAGCAAGGACGACCUGGUGGUGGCUGAAGUCGAGAUCAAUGACGUGCCUCUCACGUGCAGGAACCUGUUGACUCGAGGGCAGACUCAGGAUGAGAUCAGCCGACUUAGUGGGGCCGCGGUGUCAACUCGAGGGAGAUUCAUGACAAGCGAGGAGAAGGCCAAAGUGGGGCCAGGGGAUCGUCCGUUAUACCUUCAUGUUCAGGGCCAGACACGGGAAUUAGUGGACAGAGCUGUAAACCGAAUCAAAGAGAUCAUCACCAAUGGGGUGGUCAAAGCCGCCACGGGGACGAGUCCAACUUUUAAUGGUGCAACAGUCACUGUCUAUCACCAGCCGGCGCCCAUUGCACAGCUGUCCCCAGCUGUUAGCCAGAAGCCUCCCUUCCAGUCAGGGAUGCAUUAUGUUCAAGAUAAAUUAUUUGUGGGUCUAGAGCAUGCUGUGCCCACUUUCAAUGUCAAGGAGAAAGUGGAAGGUCCAGGCUGCUCCUAUUUGCAGCACAUUCAGAUUGAAACAGGUGCCAAAGUCUUCCUAAGAGGCAAAGGUUCGGGUUGCAUUGAGCCAGCAUCUGGCCGAGAAGCUUUUGAGCCUAUGUAUAUUUACAUUAGCCAUCCCAAACCAGAAGGCCUGGCUGCUGCCAAGAAGCUCUGUGAGAAUCUCUUGCAAACAGUUCAUGCUGAAUACUCUAGAUUUGUGAAUCAGAUUAAUACUGCUGUACCCUUACCAGGCUAUACACAACCCUCUGCUAUAAGUAGUGUCCCUCCUCAGCCACCAUAUUAUCCAUCCAAUGGCUAUCAGUCUGGUUACCCUGUUGUUCCCCCUCCUCAGCAGCCAGUUCAGCCUCCCUACGGAGUGCCAAGCAUAGUGCCACCGGCUGUUUCACUGGCACCCGGAGUCUUGCCAGCAUUACCUACUGGAGUGCCCCCUGUGCCAACACAAUACCCGAUAACCCAAGUGCAGCCUCCAGCUAGCACUGGACAGAGUCCGAUGAGCGGGCCUUUUAUUCCUGCUGCUCCUGUCAAAACUGCCUUGCCUGCGGGCCCCCAGCCCCAGCCCCCGCCCCCGCCCCAGCCCCCACUCCCAACUCAACCCCAGGCACAGAAGAGGCGAUUCACAGAGGAGCUACCAGAUGAACGAGAGUCUGGACUUCUUGGAUACCAGGUACAGGCUUCUCCAGUCAGAAUGACAUUGAAGGUGCAGGAUCGAAGCCGGCAAGUUCCUCAGGCAAAGAGCGAGAGAGGGACAGGCAGUUGAUGCCUCCACCAGCCUUUCCAGUGACUGGAAUGAAAGCAGAGUCUGAUGACAGGAGUGGUACUGGGGCCGGAGCAGGGGGCCAUGGUGAGUGAGGUGUAGCUGGGGACACUCGGGUGGCUAAGACUGUUCCUAAGCUGUUAGUUUUCUGACCUGAUGUUCACUCAGAUGGCACUCAUUCAGGUGUUUAAUCCAGCUUCUAAAAUCUACAGGCUAACGAGAAUACUUGUUUUUAUUUAAAAGGACGACGUAUAGUUACACGGGCUUUAAUUUUCAACUGACGUGUGUCUAGGAAAGAGUUAGUUCACUUACGUUUUAUGCAUAGCAUUCAAGCCCUAGGAAAUACUAAUGAUCGGUAGGUCAGUUCAAAAUUUUGUUGCCUUUGUUAUCUGAAUACCUGGAGGUAAUCUGAUGCAGACUUGAGGACUGGUAUUUCGGGGCACCUGCCUGGCUCAGCCAGUGGAACAUGUGACUCUUGAUCCUGGGGUCCUGAGUUCGAGCCCCAAGCGUAGAGCCUACUUUUAAAAAAGAUUGAUUUUUCUUUGUAUUGGGAGCUGAGCUACUUCUCUCUGCAUGGCUCUAUCGAUUGAAUGGUCAGCCUGUGGCUGUUGAAAAAGCAUUGCCUCUUAGUAUCCCAGAACUCUAGAUGUGUAGAGGAAUAUGGGGCCACUCGUGUUCUUUGCCUGUAGUCGUAAUAAAAGUGAGCAAAAGAAAAUACAUUUUUUUCUUUUCUUCUUUUUUUUGAACUCUUUAAAAGGUGAAAUAUUAGCCUCCGGAGACUCACUUGCUAACUUUACUUUUUUUUUUUUCUUUUUUCUUUUUUUUUCUUUUUUUUUUUUGUGUUUCUUUUUUCUUUCUCUGUUUUCUUACAUGGUUCUGGUGGACUCACAUUUGCUGAUGCUGGUGCUGUUUUUCGUGUGAUCUUCAACGUUUUUGGGUGACCAUUGACCCUGUGACCUCAAAAUGGUGUCCAACUAACCAAUUACAAUUAACAUCUUUUUUUUAUUAACGAAUUUAUGGUAUUAUCUUUUUGUUUUGUUUGUUUUUUUUUUUUUGUCUUGGUGGGGAACGGGGUUGGGGUUGUUUUCUCUAUUCUAGAUUAUCCAGUCAAGAAGAUGAAAACCACGGAGAAGGGAUUUGGGUUGGUGGCUUAUGCUGCAGAUUCAUCUGAUGAAGAGGAGGAACACGGGGGUCAUAAAAAUGCAAGUAGCUUUCCACAGGGCUGGAGUUUGGGCUAUCAGUACCCUUCGUCACAACCACGAGCUAAACAGCAGAUGCCAUUCUGGAUGGCCCCGUAGGAAACAGUGGAGCAGAGCUUUGACCCUCGGUGACUCUCUUUAGCAAUAAUGCAUGCGUUUGAUUUAAUAAGACUCUGGGGCCUGUACCGGGAACCAUCUUGGACCUUUGCAGAAGUUAGAGAUGCAGCGUCUCCUUUCUCAAAGUGUCUCGUUCUUUUUACAACAUCCCUGUUUCUGCAGUGGCAUAGCAUCUGUUCACAUUUACUUAGAAUCACAAGUUUGUCUCAGAAGCUUUUUAACAGUUGGUGAAAUGUGCUUGGUCAACAGAGCCUCCCAACAGGGUCAUUCCCAUAUCCAUUUGACCUGGUCCAGCCCAGCCUUUUCCACAUGAAUGGCCCCUAUUCUGACGAAGAGAAGGUUUUAUUUGUAUUUUACUACUGUUUGGUCAAUUUUGAUGACAACUGGCUACAAACGACGCCUUACUAUUUAUUAGUGGGGAAAUGAUCUUAAGACCAUCCUUUCCUUUCAGCACCUUUAAAUCUAAGGACAGUGCAUCCCUGUCUCAUUUUUGCAUUCUUUUCUGUUUUUGGAAACUUCAGUUUUACUAAUUUAAAACUGUUGGAUAUAGCUGGAUCCUGAGUAGGAAGAUUCAAGUCUUUUGUUUUUUGUUCUUUCUUCCCUGUGUCUUUUUACUGGGAUGAGCCAAAGCUGGCACCUUCAGGCACUCUUGUCUCAGAAAGCCAUUGCUGUUUUUAUUGCCCUUCUAAGCUCCAUGUCGUCAGCUGGGUCAGAGAAAACUGCUUGAUCAAAGCUGGUCAGAACUCCUCACAGAAAUGAAACACAGUGGUCUGCCUCUCAGAACUGGUUGCAGCUCAAAUAGAGAGAUUUGACCGCUCAGUAGGAUGGAUGGCGGACUUAGUGACUGAAAUUGCAACUUGUCCUUUUUCUUGGCAUUACAGGUUUUGCCAAAAGAACUUUUUUGUAUCAAAUAUUGACGUGUGAAAGAAGGAGCUAGUCUGCUGAACCAGGAGUAGUUUGAGAUACUGAACUGUCAUUUUUGCACAUUUGAAUACUUUGCAGGCUGGCUUUGUAUAAACAUAUUCUCUGGUUUCCUAUAUGUUGUAAAUAUUUAGACCAUAAUUUCAUUAUAAAUAAAUGUAUAAAUAUUC